AUGAAAGAAAGAGAUAUUCCAACCCUCAUCAGACUUGCAAAAACCGGGAUAAAUUUAUCGACAUUUGAAAAAGACAAUAGAGAAAAGCUUGAGAAUUUAGUAACCGAUUUAGAAAACGAAAUGAAGACUGUUUUAGUCAUGUACAAGCUUAAGGAAAAUGAAUCCCUAUCCAAAAUGAAUAGAUACACAGAUGAGCUUGCUCUAAGCUUACCAGACAAUAUAAAACAAAUGCGGCUUGAAGAUUAUUGCAAAUUUAAAACAGAAGAAGAGCUAUUUUAA